AUGGCUUCUGCUUCAGCGACAGCUACUCUUCUCAAACCCAAUCCUCCGCCGCAUAAACCGAUCAUCACCGCCUCAGUAUCUCCGCCUCUUCCUCCUCCUCGUCGCAACCACCUCCUCCGUCGCGAUUUCCUCUCUCUAUCAGCCGCAUCGACGCUUCUGACACAAUCGAUCCCGUUUCUAGCUCCGGCACCGGCUUCUGCCGCGGAAGACGAAGAGUACGUGAAAGAUACGUCGGCGGUGAUCAGUAAAGUUCGGACGACGCUCUCCAUGGAGAGGACAGAUCCGAAUGUGGCGGAUGCUGUGGCGGAGCUGAGAGAAGCGUCGAAUUCGUGGGUUGCCAAGUACCGGAAAGAGAAAGCUCUUCUAGGGAAAGCGUCUUUCCGGGACAUUUACUCGGCGUUGAAUGCGGUUUCCGGUCAUUAUGUGAGUUUCGGUCCGACGGCUCCGAUUCCAGCGAAGAGGAAGGCCAGGAUUCUUGAAGAGAUGGAGACUGCUGAGAAAGCUCUCUCAAGAGGAAGAUAA